CAGAGUACGCCAUCAACGGUAGACACGCGCCACACUAUUGUUAUUGUCCUCAGACCAUUCUCAUUAACACCUAAGCUAUUAAAAUGCGAUGAACCAUCACAGUGCUUGUCUUGCAGCAUUAUAAGUGAGGCAAACAUGAUUCUUUCGCCAGUACUGUGGACAGCAGUUUUAUUUACUUUCGUAUAUGGAACACCAGAUAUGGAGAGCGGUUCGGGGAUGCUACUGACAGAACCAAUAGACCUUCUAGAUCAUCUGUGGCAGGUGGCUAAUCACAGCAAUGCAUCAGUAAUGCAAGGAAACCAAAGAUGUCCAGUCCUACAUGUAGGCCAGUACUCAACCCUCUCUAUACCACUACGGCAGGUGUUUGGACACAGGUUUGGUGAGGAGUUCAGUUUGCUGUUGCAUCUGCGAAGCUCCCAGUCUGAAGACCGCAGUGUGCUGACCUUCCUCUGCCCAGACGGACAUAUUCUCCUGCAGAUUCGUAUUAGUGCCUACACCCUUACCAUCAUCAGCACUCAACAACGACACUACGAGUUUCCCGUGGCAGUGCUGUCUGAUAGGGGUUGGCACCAUGUGGCGGUCAGCAUCUCCUCUGGCCGGUUGGCGUUGUACGUGGAUUGCUCCAUGGUUGAGAGCGUGGAUUGGGCAUACAAGGACGUUUUGGGAAUCUCCACUGAUGGCCUGGUUAUGGUGGGCGGAAUAAUUGAGGGUUUUGAGACGCCUUUUGAGGGUGAUCUGAUGCAAGUGACGUUUCUGAUGGGAGAACCAGAUGCAGCCCGAGAUCAGUGUACCUUUUUCCAAUCUCAGUGUGGAGGAAACAGACACAAACCUCCUCGCUCUCCUCGCAUACACACUGAAGAGGAACUUUUGCUGUCCUCAAAUGACCUGGAAGACUUAUUAGAGACAGCAGAGGACAGUGACUUUUUCCAUGCUAAGCAGACUGGUCUCCAUAGACGUGGGAUUAUACGUGGAGAUGGUACUCUUCCUACUGGAUCCAAACGUCCUGGCCUUGUGGAGCGAGGUGAUGUGUUUGAGGAUACCGACCUGUUAGACCAAAGCAUCUUAUCUAAAAAUGGUGGAAAACCUUACAAAACAUUCCCAACUGACUCAACAGGCAGCCGUGACGGGAAACCAGAAUCUAAACGUCUAGAUGAAAACUUCACCACUGACAAGCACAAAACAGGCAAACCUUCAACAAAGAAGCCAGUGGAUACCAUAAUUAUCAACCUGGAUGUUCAGAUACCCGAGAAACCUACCGGAAGUAUUGAACCUAGCAGUGAAAUUCACCCGAAAACCACCUCCAGUCCUGAGGAUCGAGAAUCCUACUUGUUAAAAGAGGAUUUGGGGGUCACCACACAGGCUCCUGUGAGAACAGCUACUUGGGAGGGCAUCUCAAAAGGAAGUGGAAGAAAAACAUUCAAAACUCCAGAUAUCCCUGUAAGACCUGGCUGGGGAUCUGAGGAGCACCCAGGUACCGUUAUAUUUACAGAAAGGCAUGAAGAUCUUGUGCGUGGCUCUGAUGGGAAUAUGUAUCGCAUUCAAAGAGGACCCAUGGGGCCAGUGGGGCCACCAGGUGAGCCUGGAUGUCCUGGGAGUGAUGGCUAUCCAGGAGCCAAAGGUGAUAAGGGCUCCAGUGGGCUUAAGGGCCGUCCAGGUCACCGUGGAGUCCCAGGACCUCCUGGGCCACCUGGGCUGCCCACAUUCUACCUGUGGGGAAACACACCUGAGGAAUGGGCUGCAUUUCAGCAAACUCCGUUCUUCCAGCUUCUCCGUGCAGGUUGGCCUAGAGCGCAAGGGUCACCUGGUCCGGAAGGAGAGAUGGGGAAACCUGGGCCGCAAGGGCCACCUGGGGAGCCAGGGGAACAAGGACGUCCAGGACGUUUGGGAGACAUGGGUGACCGUGGCCCAAAAGGUGUGAUAGGCAGAGCAGGGGUCUUUGGAAAGGAUGGAGAAAACGGGUUAGAUGGACCUCAGGGGCCUCUGGGGAUUCCAGGACCAAAGGGUCCUCUAGGCUAUAAAGGAGAAUCAGGCUCACCUGGAGAGAAAGGAGAGGAGGGUAUUGCUGGAUCAGAGGGUCCAUGUGGAGAUAUGGGAAAAGGUGGAGAGAAAGGUUCCAAAGGAGCACCUGGCUCUCCUGGUCCUGUCGGCCCUCCUGGUCCACAAGGAAUGAGAGGGAUGGAGGGCCCUGAAGGUCAUCCAGGGCCAGAUGGGGAUGAUGGGAUGGAGGGACCACCAGGUCUUCCAGGUCCACCAGGAGCUCCUGGCUGGACAGGUGUGGUUGGUGCCCAGGGGCCUAAUGGCUCUCGUGGAGAGCCUGGACCUCCAGGACCUGUUGGUUUUCUGGGGCCACAGGGUCCCCAGGGAUUAGAGGGACAGAUCGGGCCUCCAGGACCACGGAGCCUACAGGGACUGUCAGGCCGGGAAGGUUUACCUGGUCCCAAAGGAGAACCUGGACCUGCAGGGCCAGUGGGCCUCCGAGGGGAGCCAGGAUUUGAAGGAUUAAUGGGUGUAUUAGGAACACAAGGUCCAAAAGGUUUUACUGGUAUCAAAGGUAACAGAGGACCUGAUGGAGACCAGGGAGACAAUGGACCUAAAGGAAACAAAGGUGUUAGAGGAGCCCAAGGGGUACAGGGCAUUCAAGGUGAGCAGGGACCAACAGGCUUUCCUGGUUUCCCAGGCAUAAGAGGCCUGCCAGGACCUCAAGGGAUCCAGGGAGAGGACGGAGAAGCUGGUCCAUAUGGCAAAGUGGGAAAGGAGGGGCAAAAGGGGAGCAAAGGUCCCGAAGGCCUCUCUGGAAAGCCUGGUCCUAGAGGCCUAAAGGGUCGAACAGGGCAGAGGGGUCACACUGGCAUCCCUGGACUUACUGGUUUACCUGGCCCAUCUGGAUCUGUUGGAGCUGAAGGAAAGCCUGGUACACAGGGGCUGCAAGGCCUUGUGGGUAAUGCAGGAAGUAAAGGACUAAUGGGACUGCAAGGUAUUCCUGGAGAACGUGGUCAGGAUGGACCCCAAGGAUCUAUAGGUCCACCUGGACAGGAGGGGCCUGUGGGCCAUCCAGGACCAUCAGGAGAGAGGGGUUUCCCUGGAAAGACAGGAGCUGUGGGACCGCAGGGCCCUGUUGGCAUGUAUGGUUUUCCAGGAAACUUGGGUAUGAGAGGAAGACUCGGCCACACUGGAAACAGAGGAGAGCCAGGUCUAAGAGGGCCUCCUGGACCAACUGGGAAGUCUGGAACACCUGGUCCCCCUGGUCCAGUAGGAAAAAAGGGCCCACCAGGACCCCAGGGCCGGCAAGGAGAUCCUGGGCAUCAGGGAACAGAUGGGCCAUGUGGUCCUCCAGGACUUCAGGGGAUCAGUGGGGUCAUUGGAAAACCAGGACCCCGUGGAAGUAUUGGACCCCCAGGGGACCCUGGGCCAAACGGGCCCCCGGGGAUUUCAGGUCCGCAGGGGGCAAAUGGACUGCCAGGUAUAGAUGGGGAGAAAGGAGAAAAGGGAAUGAUGGGCACUUCUGGUGAUGCCGGGCCUUUCGGACUGGGAGGGCCACAGGGUCCACCCGGUCCGUCAGGUUUGGAAGGGCCUCCUGGAAGGAAAGGUGAUAAGGGGGACAGAGGUCCCUUUGGAAAACCUGGUUUUCAAAGACCGAAAGGAGACAUUGGCCCUCCAGGUGCUAAAGGUCUAAUGGGUCGACCAGGCCCAGCCGGCAGUGAGGGUGAUGCUGGUCCAGUUGGAGUUGCUGGUGACCCCGGCCCUAAAGGAGAGAAGGGUGAUAUAGGCCUGCGAGGAUUUACUGGUUUAGAGGGACCAUGGGGAGAAGUGGGGGAGCAGCGAGAGAGGGGGCUCAAGGGAGACAAGGGGCAAAUCGGACUACACGGUGAGUCGGGUCUCAUGGGUGGUGUUGGACCUCGUGGCCUAAAAGGUGUAGAGGGUGGACCAGGCCAACCAGGAUUGGUGGGGCCAGAUGGACCUCCAGGAAGCAAGGGGAAGGUGGGGCCGAGCGGUUUACUUGGUGAGGCAGGAGAAGCUGGGCCUGAGGGAAUUGCAGGUCCCAAAGGUAUGCGAGGUGAUGCAGGGAAAGCCGGGACACAGGGAGGUGUUGGCUCAGUAGGUCCCCAAGGUCUUUUGGGUCCUAAAGGUCACCCAGGGCCUGAAGGGGAGAAAGGAGACUCAGGAGAUAAAGGAGAACCUGGGGUGAAAGGUCCAGACGGCCUUCAAGGCAUUCAAGGACCACCGGGACUGCCUGGUUUGGAGGGUCUACAAGGUGAGGAAGGGGUACAUGGCUCACCAGGUCUGCCAGGAGCUCAGGGCCGCGUGGGUAACCCGGGACCUGAAGGAAGAGAAGGCAUGAAAGGAGAGAAGGGAGGUCAAGGCAAGGAUGGAGCACCUGGAAAAAUGGGUCACAUUGGACGGAGGGGUAAAAGAGGCAAGGCAGGGUUGAGGGGGACCAGAGGACCAAGAGGAGAAAAGGGAGAGAGGGGAGAUGUAGGAGAGAAAGGACAUCCUGGAUGGGGAGGAAGUAUGGGAAUCCAAGGGCUGAGAGGAGAGCCUGGGGAGCAAGGUGUCAAAGGAGCAGAGGGUGAGAAAGGAGAUCAGGGACCACUUGGUCCACCAGGGAAAGAUGGCUUGAAGGGGAGUAUGGGGCCACAUGGUCCUCCUGGACCCCCUGGACCAAAGGGGGAUCAGGGGAAUAUUGGUCCUGCUGGGCCUAGAGGGGCACCUGGAAUACCUGGACUACCGGGCUUGUUUGGAGACAAGGGACCUAAGGGAUUUCAGGGGAAUCCUGGACCCCCUGGAAGGAGGGGCUUGUCAGGGUCACCGGGGCCACCAGGGCCUGCUGGCGUUUCUGUGAAUCUGACCCUGACCCAGAUCAAGGAGCUGAUGUACAGUUCAGACAAGCCCAAUUACCCUCUGAUUCAGUCACUAUUGGACUCUCUGUACCAUGACAUCAGGCUGCUGGUGGACCCUCCGGAUGGCAGCAAGCAGCACCCAGCAUCUACCUGUCUGGAGCUGUGGCUGUGCCAUCCCAACUACACCAGUGGAUUCUACUACAUUGACCCAAACCAAGGCAGUCCGUUAGAUGCUCUUUUGGCCUACUGUAACUUCUCCGAGUCGGGAGCAGAGUCCUGCCUUCACCCGAGAGAUGCACAUUUUCCCAUAAGCACUUGGCUGCAUGACUCGAGGAAUAACAGCGAGUUCUACUGGUUAAGUUCACUUGAGGGAGGUUUUAAAUUUGAGUAUCCAGCGCUCAGUGUGGUUCAGCUGCGGUUUCUACGACUCCAGAGCAACAGAGCAGAACAGAGAGUGAGGUACUCCUGUUACCCUGGACAUCGAUUGGGCCAGACACAGCGACAGGUCCAGUUCCUCACAGACGCCGUCAAGCAGAGCUAUAUAGGAGAAGUGCAGGAUUGUGUGUCUGCAAAGGAAGUGGAUCCCGGGCCGCGUGAGGCUGUGUAUCAGUUUGAAGACAUCGACCUGCUUCCUCUACGUGAUAUAGGAAUGUUGGGCAACAGUAGCCAUGAGUUUGGCUUCACCAUCAGCCCUGUGUGCUUCAGCUAGAGACACCUUGAAUGAUAACGGUACAUCCUGUGCAUUUAAACUUAAAUACAAGCACCAAAGAGAAGACAAAAUGGGACACUCUGAAGACACAUGCAGCAUCUACAGCUCGUGGUAAGGAAGCACUCUACACAGUGUCCUGUCUAUCCCUGUGCUUCCAGACAAAUGGACAAUAUCUUUGUUUUUGUUUGUUUACAGGGACUUUUGUCUUUGUAAUUAAUGUACUUUUUUAUAAUAGUAUUUGUUUUAGCAAUGGUCUUGUAAUAACAUUGUAGAAGAAGCUUGGAUUGUAUCGAGUGUAAUGACAGGGUUCUGGCGUGACCACUAUGUGGUUGCAUGGCUCAAGUUUCAGUUUACUAUUUAAUCAUGUACAAAUGGGUAUCAUGGAUGAAUUGGUUGUUAUUCAUUAUAAGGCGAGUGUAUGAAUGACCCUUUUCCCCCUCUCGUUUAAGUGUCUAACUUGAAUUGUAUGACUGAUAGAAACGAAGCAAAGGUUCAGAUAUCAGGACGUCUGUGCUAUCUUUCUAUUUUUUCUGUUCAUGUCACGAUUUGAUUUCAGAAAAGGUCGUGUUACCUAAAUAUUGUUUAAAAAUGUAUGUUCUAUGAUUUAAUAUUUACAAUACAGAAGUAACCGUUGUUUCAAACAGAGAAAAAUAAUACAAACAGCUGCAAAGCUGGUUAAUAAAUGUACAAGCAGUGAUCUGCAUUAUGGCUCUGAUACUGAAAGUCAGUACACAUGCAUAAAAUCAUAGAGACAGAUUUCCUUCAGUUCACAUUUACUGUAUGUAGGUCUCAGGGAGCACUUACAAAUAUGACAUAAAUAUUUAAAAGAAUACACAAAUGAUAUAGGUAAAAUAGGUUAAUAUGUUAAGAUUAAUCAAUACAAGCCAAAUACAAGUGUAUUUCAUCGUUAUUCAUUUAGACACGGGUGCUUUGUUUUAGAAAACUUUUUGCUACAAAACAUUAUGUACUGUAUAUUGUGUUUUCUAUGUAUUUGUGGUGACAUCGGAAAUCACAUGCUGGUCAUCUGUUUGAGCAUCAGCUAUAAAAAGUACAUUAAUGUAUCAUUUAAGUCGUGUUGGACAAUUUUGUGUCAUUGUGUGAAACAUAAACAUUUCU